AUGAACGACUACACCCUGGACGCAGUCGAGAACCCGAGGCUACAACGGCUGAAAGAGAAGACCAGUCUCUACAACUUCACAGCGAGUACCCUCGAGGCUCUCCACGAUGCUCACCAGGGCAUCGAGCGCUCCAAGAGACGAGCUCGCCAAACAGUCUGGUGGCCUGGCAUAACCAGCGACAUCGUCAACACAGUCGGCAACUGCGCCGCCUGUCAAGAACGCCGGUCCAGUCUUCCUCAAGAGCCGAUGGCAACUGAACCUCUCCCAUCAAGGAUUUUCGAGGAUGUCUCGUCCGACCUUUUCUCCCAUGCUGGCAGAGACUACUUCGUCUACGUAGACAGGCUUUCUGGCUGGCCGAUCAUCCAUCAACUCCCACGGGGCGACACGACAAGCCGUCAAAUCAUCAAGGCUCUCCGAGAAGCCUUCGUCUCACUGGGGGUUCCCGUCAGGCUGCGAACAGACGGUGGUCCUCAGUACAAGAGCCGAGAAGUAGCCAACUUCCUCAAACGAUGGGGUGUGCAACAUGUCAUCUCGACUCCGUACUACCCCCAGUCCAACGGUCACGCGGAGUCAGCAGUGAAACUGCUAAAGCACCUGGUCUCCAAGACAACUGAGGGUGGCUCGUUCAAUGACAUGUUCUAUCGAGGACUUCUAGAACUGAGGAACACGCCUCGAGCCGAUAGACGCUCGCCAGCACAGAUGGUCUUCGGUCACCCUAUUCGCUCCUGCGUUCCGGCUCAUCACAGCACAUUUGCUGUUCAAUGGCAGCAGCAUGCCGACGAGUGUGACUCCAAAGCGGCCAAAGUCCUCAACCAGGCACAGAGACACUACAACUCUUCGGCACAUACGCUGCCAUCGAUGAAGAUUGGGGUGCACGUCAGGAUACAAGAUCCGAUCAGCAAACGCUGGGACAAGCUCGGUACCAUCGUCGGUGUCGGGUACCACAGGGACUACUUGGUCAAAACUCCGAGCGACAGAGUCCUCUGGCGUAACAGGCGUUUCAUCCGGUCAUCGCUCCAGCUGCCACUGGAGGCGGCUGGGACGCCGUCAGCAGACCACCAGGGUCGCGGAGGACCACGGAGGACGCCAUCAGAGGAACCGGCCACUGCGCCGCGACGCCGAGUCCGGUUUCAGCUGGAACCGGAGUCGGUUCUGCGCAGAGGCGCUCGUCAGAGACGGCCGCCGAACCGCCUGGGCUUCGACGACCACUGA